GAUUUAGUUUUUGUAUUGACUAGCCGACUUAUGGAUGAUGAUGUGGAAAAGAAUUUUAGUACAGAGACAAAUAGAGAAGACAAAAUCAGAGAGCAGAAGGAACAUGAAGAAGUGACUGACAGGUAUAGUGAUGGAGGUACUGGAAAGGAGAGGCAUUCAAUUAGGCCUAACGACAUCCAACUUAAGGAUGAUGAAAUAAAUGUGGUGGAUCAGGGAAUUAUUGUGGUGGAUUAUGAAAUCGAUGCUAAAGAAGAACCUUGUGAUGAGAAUACAAAUAAAGCUACAUGUACCAUUACAAUAAAGAUAUGUGAACAAAGUGAAAAAAAAUGUGAAAGACCUUAUAUAUGUGAAGUAUGUAACAAAGCUUUCAAGCAGAAAUCCCAUUUAUCAAGUCACAUGCUGAUUCAUACAGGUGAGCUACCAUAUAAAUGUGAUUACUGUGAGCAGGGAUUCCGACAGUCCCACGCAUUAACAAAGCACCUGACAGUCCACACCAAAGUCAAGCCAUACACUUGUGGUGUCUGCCAGAAAAGUUUCUCCCUCAAACAAGUAUUAGAAACACAUAUGAGGAUACAUGUAGGGGAAAGGGAUCAUGUUUGUCCAGUUUGUGGGCGAGGUUUUAUUCAGUACUGUAGCAUGAAGAGACAUAUGAUCACACAUUCCGAGGAAAAACCUCACAAAUGUGACAUUUGUGGAAAGUCUUUUGCAAGACGAUACAAACUCACCACACAUUCCAGAAUUCAUUCAGGUGAAAAACCUCACAGCUGUGACCUUUGCGAUAAAGUUUUUAAAUCUCCGUCACAGUUAUCGCAGCAUCAGAAAGUUCAUACGGGUGAUCAACCUUACAGCUGCAAGAUCUGCGACAAGAAAUUCAGUCGACACUACAGUAUGACCAAACAUUUGAAGAAUGUUCACAAGAAUGGGAAAUUAUCCAUGGGGAAGUCAGGUGUUGGGAAGAAAUCUUGGGAUUGUGACUUGUGCGGGAAGUCGUGGACCUGUCAGUCACAUUUACUGAGACAUCUCACGUCUCACACUGGAGAGAGGAAGUUUACUUGUGAGUUGUGCGGAAAUCGGUACUGUGACUCCAGUGCUCUUUACAAACACAAGAAAAAAGUCCACAAGAAGAAACGCUAAGAAGAUGUACAUUUAUCAUUUUAUGCCUAUGACAGCACUAUUAAAAAAUGUUAGAAAGUUAUGAGUUUGACAGCACUAAAGUCCACAAGAAAAAAAUGCAAAUAUUAAUACAGUCAUCAUUAUUAGUAAUCCAUCUCGAUUAAAGUAUACCCCUGCAUACAUGUACAUAUCAGAACAUAUAUGACUGAGGUUGUCAAAUACCGUCAACUGGGGCAUAUUAAAGAAAUAAGAUCUUA